ACAAUAUAAAACAACAGUUUAAAAUCCUAAAUCCAGAAACGAUGCACACUACUUUAUUAGCGAGUAUAUAGCCGGUGUUUUGUCGAUUUGUCGGAUCGGAAACACUGUUUUAAAUAGCCCGCAAUCCUCCACGGAAUAUCACAAACAAGCUUUAUUUGGCCUCAAGUAGGUUUGUUUUAAAACCCAAGAACCGAAGAGAGAUUUCCCGCACCGUAUACACACACGCAGUAGGCUAUUUAUGCAAUAGAUUUUUGGGAUUCAGUCGGAUAUCCUGUGUGGGUGUUUUACUCUAACCUACAUCGUUUUGCAUACCUAGGCGAAAUAUAUAAACGUUUCACCAUACGCCCCCGUGGUUUGGCAUUUAAUUAGAUCCCCGGGGUGCGGAUCAGUUUGGCACCGUGUCUGCGUGCAAGCGAACCCGGCUGUUUUUUUGCUCCCGGAGCCCUGGCCGCGGUCCUCGGGCGACUUCACUUCUGCACCGGCGGCACGGGAGGAAAAUCGAGCCCGCAGUCCAGCUGCUGCAGCUUGGCUAAACUGUUCUGCACGACUCCGACAGGCGACAAUCUAAGCGCCGUAGCCGUCGAAAAGCAGAGUGUAAUGUUUUGGUCGAUGUGUGAGUUGCUGUGGGAAUGAGACUGCGUGGCAGGGAUUUGGAGGAUUCCACUGUCUCCUGGAUACCAAGCGUCCUGGGUGUGCAGAGCGUCAGGCUCCGCCUUCGUCUCAAUCGCCGUGACGACAGGGGGAGGGGCCUUUGGCAACUGGUUGACCUGGAAGAGGAAGCGCAGAGUGGGCGUCGGAUACGAGACAGGACACCUCCUACUUGUUCUCAAAGUCUGAUGAGUAUUCCUGCUGCUGCAUCAGUUCAGUCAGGGGGUGGAGAGAUGCAAUCACCUGGGGCCAUUAGCCCCUCCUUCCUCCCGCCCCAAAGUGGAAAAGUUCCAGGUCGCAAGAGGGGUCGCCCACCCCUAAAGAGGCACCCGGAAUAUCAGAGUCGCUACCCAGAAUCCCUCCCACCCAUUAAAGUGCCUAAGAAGAGAGGGAGGAAGCCUGGCUUUAAGCUGAAGUCUCGCUUGAUGACACCCCUAGCCAUCUCUCCUCCCAGCAGCACCCCGGAGCCAGACAUGAGUUCAAUUCCCCAAGACGCUGCUACUAUCCCCCACUCAGCCACCCCACAGGUCCUCACAGUGUGCAUCUAUGUGAAUAAGCAUGUGAACACGGGUCCUAACCUGGACAGGCAGAAGGUGCUGCAACUGCCCGAUCACCUGGGUCCUGCCAGGCCCUCUGUGGUGCUGCAGCAGGCGGUACAGGGCUGCAUUGACAGUGCGUUUCAGCAGAAAGCCGUCUUCACCCUGCUUACUGAAGGCUACGGGGGAGAAAAGAUCUCAGCCACCUUUGAUGGUAAGCAGCAUUUGUUGAGUUUGCCAGUGGUCAACAGCGUGGGCUACGUCCUACGCUUCCUCAAGAAGUUGUGCCGAAGCCUAUUGUGUGAGAACCUCUUCAGUGACCAGCCCAUCGCCCCUUCAUCGUCUCCCUCCUCCUCUUCUUCAUUCCAUGCUGAAAAGCACUCAGAUGGACAGCCCAAGUCAACAGACUCAAUGGUGGACGAUUACCAUGGUGAUUCAAUGGACCCCAAGCGCUAUUCGGUUGACCCCAGUGACUCUGCUUAUGGUGCAAUGUCCUCACCAUACACAGCGAGUAAACCUGUGUAUGGUUUUCGUUCUGGCACUGGCUACUCUGGAGGUGUGUGCAGGCAGGCAGCCAGUCCCAGCACAUUCCAGGAAGGAAACAGAAGUGCCUAUAGUCCAUCCCCAGAGGGAGGGGAGGCAAAGCCCCCACCCAGUAAGGAUCCCUCCAGGUGGAGCGUGGAUGAGGUGGUGUGGUUUAUCAAGGAUGCAGACCCUCAAGCGCUGGGCCCUCACGUGGAUCUCUUCAGAAAACAUGAGAUUGAUGGGGAUGCUCUUCUUCUCCUGAAGAGUGACAUGAUCAUGAAGUACCUGGGACUCAAACUGGGCCCGGCUCUCAAGCUCUGCUACCACAUCGACAAGCUAAAACAGAGCAAGUUCUGACCUGUCUCUGCACCCUACAAACACACAGAUGGAUUCACUCACAGUAUUUACUGUCACUCUUAUUUGUUGUAGUACAGGAUUUUGCCCCCUCCUCCCUCCCUCCCCACUCCCUCCCCACUCUGGUCAUUUAAGGACAAGUACCAGACCAUUUUUUUUUACUUGCGUGGUUUGUCUGCCUGUAUAUUGGGGCAUUUUACUGACCAGAACAUUUCCUUGUUCUAAUUUUAAGUGCACAAGCAUUUUACUGAUUACUUGAUACUGAACACUGCUCUAAUCAAAUGGCAAGUCAGCUGCUAUCUUGGAUUUGAGUUAUUUGCCUCAAGCGAGGUUAUGCAGAUGAGUUAUAAGUGUAAAUCAUGCUUAUUCAAAUGGGCGUCAUUACAAACAUAUUAAGUCACAGACAAACCAGCUCCAAUUUUUUCAGAGCCAUGGACUCUGUCUAAAUCCCUGUGAACUUCAGUCACCUGCUGGUGAAGUGAAGUCACUGCAACUCACAUAUUUGCUACCAUUGUAACCAGGAACCAAUCAGCUUUUUUUUUUUUUUUUUUUUUUUUUUUUUUUUUUUGAGAGCUACUUCAAAGGCCGCUAACCUGGGAGAUCAGUAACAAACAGAAUUCAGCAUUGUGCUUUUGACUGAACAGAUACAGUACGCAGGCUACAACUAUGAACAGUUCCACUUUGCAACCAGCAAACAACAGGCACAAAUGCAACUUUACUCAAUGGACCAUUCACGUCAUCUUUGGAAAACCUCCUUGGCAGCCUAAAUCAGAACUAAACAGGAUACACUACUAGGCAGUUAAAAAUGGUGCAUUACAAACAUAGUAAUGAAUACCAGGUGCUGUUUCUCAACAAGCAAGUCAAGUUAAUUAAAACAACUAUACUGGUACAGUACAUUUCUUACUGUGGACCAAAUAGAGGUCUAAUUAGUCCCUAAUUUUCUUGUUUUUCCCUCUUUUUGUAGCAGAUUGAAAAGCUGCUCUGAUUCUACACAAAUGUCAGCUUAUGAUUUUCUUAGAAAAUGCGAAGCACUUUACAAUAAUGUUCAGUUCAUUCAAUGCAUUGGGUAUCAUGAACUAACAAUUAGAUAUACUUUUACAGCAUUUAUUAAUCUAGGUUAAUGAUAAUUACUACAUACACUACUGUUUAUAUGUUUGGGGUCCUUUUUUUUUUCCGGCAAGGAUGCAUUUAAUUGAUCAAAACUAGCAGUAAAGACAUGGUUUCCACAAAAAUACUAAGUAGCACAACUUUUUCCUGCACUGAUACAGAAUCUUAAUCAUCAUACUAAAUUGAUUUCUGAAGGAUCAUGUGACACUGAAGACAAAUAAUGAUGCUGAAAAUUCAGUUUUAACAUCACAAGAAUAAUUUUAAAAUGUAUUAAAACAAAGCAGUUAUUUAAAAUUUUAAUAAUAUUUCACAAUAUAACUGUUUUUACUGUAUUUUUGAUCAGAUAAAUGCAGCCUUGCUCAGCAUGAGACUUUCAAAAACAUUUAAAAAUCUCACUCUUUAACGGCAACUUUUCAAUAGUAGUUUACACUUUUUUUUUUAUUUCAAGUUGCAUGAAUUAGUAUUACUGUGUUAUAAACAAAUAUAAAUUAACAAUGCACAAUAGCAUAUUUAUAAAUUGCCAUUAGCCCAGAUUAAUAAAUGCUGUACAAAUGUUAGUUUUCAUAUCUAAUGAAUUAACAAAUGUAAACAAAUUGAACUUUACUGUAGUGUUGCAACAAAAUGUACAACGUUUCAACCCAUUUUUUACAUUUAACAUUUUGACUUUGAUGUGGGUAAGACAUUAAUUUUCUUUCAUAAAUGUACAGUGUAUAUGUGAACGGAAGCCGAGGAGCUUCUCUGACCAUAUGUUGCUGUCAAACCCCAUGGAAAUGUGCAAAAGAGUCAUCCUUCAGGUAAUAAUUGUUAUUAUUAUUUGUAUUAUUAGUAUUUUUUUUUGAGCAAAAAUGGCAUUCAGAAUCACUGUAUUCCUAUUCAGACAGGUGAACUUAAGGGAUCGUUCAUGCAAAAUGAACAUUUUGUCAUUAUUUAUUAACCCUCAUGUCGUUCCAAGACUUAUAGUGAAAUUCAGUUUUGUUCAACAGGAAAGCGUAUGAAUGAUGUGAGGGUGAAUAAAUGAUGACUGAUUUGCCAUUUUUAGGUGAACUAACCCUUUAAGUCGGCCUUGAUGAUGUCAUACAUAUCCGAAAAUGGAUUACACCGAAGUGUACAACUUUUCUGUAUCCGCAAUCAUGUGUAAAUAGGAUAAUUUAUGUGAUAAUCACAGAUGAAAUCUACCAUUUCUUAAGUUAAAAAAUGAAUUUAAUACAAUUUAGAUCCAAUCAUCCGAUGAACACAUCCAGCUUUAACAUGUAAUCAGCUUUGCUGUGCUAGACUUCAUUGUUGAACAAUCUGCCUCUUAAAGCCACUGCUAUGCUAAACUGAGCAUUUGUACAGAAUCAUUGUUUAUAAUUUUGCAACAGGGAGGCUUUUGAGUUGCUUUUUUCCCUUUUCAUGUAGCAUCAGCUGUCCUGGGUAAUAGCUUUCUCAAUGAAAAAUUUAGGCACCAGUAAGAAAUAAAGGGAAAUAAUCAGUGAGCUCUUAAAUCUGGUGCCAAGAGGUCAGGGUUCUUUAGGAGUAAAUCUACUGAUUUGAAAAGUAGUGUUCAUUUUUUCAUAAACAGUCUUUGGAAAAAGUUGGAAGAAUUAAAGCCCAUGUUUUGGGCUUUAAUCGUGAUGUUUUUAACAUAGAAAUGAAUUACCCAUGUGUGAUGUUCAAACUUGUAUUAGCUUUAAAAGCAUUUUUUUUUCCACUCAUGUACUCAAACAGUGGGAAUAUCUUGUUAGUUUUAAAAUACCUUUAACUGAGUAAUAGCAGCACUGAGCUUUUAAAUAUGUUUCUAAGCACUUAAAUAUGUUUCUAACAAUCUUAAAUAAUUUUUUUUUUUUUUUGUGCCGUUUAUGACCUCACGCAAAUAUUCUGCUGACAUUGACUGGCUUUGAUGUUCCUGGCUAGGUAUUGCCAACAUUUGUGACAGGAAUAUGAGUGGGCUUUUAGGGAUAAUCUUUUCUUCAGUUCAUCAUUUUGUGUGUGCAUAUGUCAGGUUUGCGUUCGCCUCCGCACCAUGUCAUUCCUUGUCAUUUUUUUAUAUAAUGAAAAAAUUAAGUGUACAUUUAUGAAUGCUGCUCUUGAUGAUAGUCCCUUGUAAGGUUGUUUAAAUUUGUCAGCUCACAAAAGAGUUUUAAUGGAAGAAGGGGGACUACAACACGGACCAUUCAUGUUGGUGCUAUAAAAUGACUGUGUAUUUAACAAAUAAUGAUUUUAUGCAUCUGAUUUUACGGUUGGUUUGCUUUAUUUCUUCAGAUAGGCUUCAGUCUUGUGAACUCUCGUGACUGACGACAGGCUCUGCAUUGCGUGUCUGUUUGUGAGGUUAAUAUAGAGCAUUAUGAAAGAGUCAGAAUAAAGCAUUAUGAACACCCUAUACUGAACUCUAACUGUAUUUGUAGUUCUAUAUAUGGCUAUAUCACUAUAUCGCUGUUUGUAUUUCCUGUAUUUCAGCUCUUGUGCAGACAGACGCAACUCAUUGCAAACCAGAACAUGCAUACAAAAGUUGCACCAUGUUCACGGCCAUUCUUCAACUUUUCAAAUAAAGUAUUUUCUGCACUUGUGAGAAUGUAGAAUGUUCUAACAACUCCCAAA